UUAAAAUACAAAUAUGUGUUAAAAUGUACUCAAAAGUGAAAAUAAAAUGACUGUAAAGUGAAGUGUAACACAAAUGGCAGCUAAAAUACUUGUUAUCGCUUGGGCGGCCUGGCUCGCGUUGCCAUUGGCAACGGGCCAUCUCAACGUACUCAUCAGCCAAGCUGAAGUAAUGAAGUUGUUAGGUCUUGACGCAGAACUGUACUAUGUCCGAGAAGGCGUGGUCAAUAAGUACGCGACCAGCUUCAUAGUACCUGUGCCUGCGCAUAUAGCGGACCUCGAGUUCAUGUGGCAAGCACUUGGCGGGAAACCGUUGCCGUACGUGAUGGGUGUCGACUAUGAGAGCCGAGGCGCCAUGCUGCCGCCGCAGGUCAAUAUCUCCGAACGGGGAUUUGUACCUACCACGCUGCAGACGUUUAGGGUCCGGCUACCAUGUACGGGUAUCAGGAGCGCAGAAAUCCUGGUGACCAUGCAGCUGAACAUAUCUGCCCCGGAUCGCGCUCACAAAGACGUGCGGCUUGUGUUCAAGAGGAAUAAGAUCUGCUUGAAAGGUUUGUUCCAUAUUGUUCUUUUUCUCCACAGUUCUUCAUCACUUAGAAAGCGGUGAACGAAUCAAGGUCUUCUGUAAACUUGACGACAAAAAGUGUCUUUUUUACUGUAGAGUCGAAUUAUAGUCAAAUGGGAUUUGGAAUUGAUCGCAAUAUGGUGCAUCUGUCUUAAUUAUUGUGUUCAUAACCGACGGUAAAUGGAAAGUUUAAGACAUUGUAUAUUUAAAGAGGAUACAAAAAUGAUCCCUGAAGAUGAUGAUCAAUGAAAUCUAUGAUAAAACAACAUAACAAACACAACUUUACAAUCGGUCCAAAUAUAAAUUUAAGAACUAUUAACAUUUAAUCAGUUUCCAAUAGUUGGAUAAUAAAGAACGGUUGCAUAUAGUAUCUCACAUGGAUUCCGGGAACCCUCGGAGUUAGUCGCGCGGCCAAACUAUGUUGUUCCACUACGUUAACUCGGAACAAAGUUUCAUCGUUAUAUUUAGUUCCUAGGGAAUUGAUCACCGAACCAAGAAUGUAUGCACUGGC